GCAGGUCCCAGCCGGCGCGGUGAUUGGGUGGAAGUCCCAGCCGCGGCAGUAGACCCGGCCUGUGCGGUGAUUGGACGCAGGUCCCGGGCGGCGGCGGCGGCGGGCGACCGGAAGGCCGCCGGCUGCAUGCGGGGGCGGCGGGUGGACCCCGCGGCUGGGGCCCGGGCCGGGGCCCUUCCUGAGGCCAUCGCUGCGUUGAGUCGGUCGCUGCCCUCGGGACCCAGCCCCGAGAUCUUCCGCCGCGCCAAGUUCGACCGUCCGGAUGCGACCUCUGCGCUCUGGCAGCUCCUCUUCCGCGUGCUCUCCCCACUCCCUGCGGGCAGCGCCUUGGCCUCGAUCGCCCUGGAGGUCCAAGCCCGCUUGGUGAAGUCAGCACUGUGCUCCCAGGGCUACCCGAGGCUGGCACUGGCACAACUACCUGAGGAUGGCUCGCAGGGCAGCCGGGAGCUGCUGCUGGCUCUGUCCUGGCUCUUGGCCCGAGGACCUGUGCCCGAGCAGAUGCUGGCCCAGACCCGAGUGCCUCUGGGUGACGAGAUGACUGUGUGCCAGUGUGACGCCCUGGCCAGCCUUGGACCACCUGCACCCCACAUGGAAACAGAGGGUCCUGUGGAUGUCCGCCAUGUGCAGUGGUUGAUGGGAAAGCUGCGGUUCCGGUGGCGCCAGCUGGUGUCCAGUCAGCAGGAGCAGUGUGCCCUCCUGAGCAAGAUUCACCUGUACACACACGGCUGCCACAGCGACCAGAGCCUUGGCCAUCUGUCUGUCACUGAAGCGGAGAUGCUCAGGGACCCAGAGGGAGGCCAGCAGCUGCUGCGGACUCUGGAGCAGGAGAACCGGCGCCUGGAGGCUGUCCUGGCGUGGCGGCGCACAGAGCUGGUCUUCUGGCAGUGGAUGGACACAGUUCUGGGCACCUGUGCCCCGGAGGCACCUGCUGCAGCUUCACAGCCCACCUUCCUGCCCUGGGUCCCUGAGUGCGGGGAUGGCGAGUUGGAGCUGGUAGUGCGGGAGCUGCAGACCCUGGAGGAGGAGCUGCGGGAGGCUGCCGAGCGCAGGCGGGUGGCCUGGGAGGCCAAGGCUCGAGGCUGUGGACGGGGGCCAGAGUGGAGUGCCACACGGCGGGCCUCUCAGGAGACUGUGGAAAAGGAGCUGGGAGCUCUGCAGCGGCGCUGGGAGCAAGACAGUGGCCCAGCCCAGGCCCAUGGGCCACACCGACUGGUGAGACGAGAGGAUGGGGCAGCAGGCGACCGGGACCUGCGGGCAGCUGAGCUGAUCAGGACACUGAGGAGCCAGGAGGCCUGCCUGGAGGCGAUGCUACAUCAACUACAGGGACAGUGUCGGCAGGAACUGGCCAGGGUAGCGGGAGCCCUGCCUGGCCUCAUCUGGAUCCCGCCACCUGGACGCUGAGGGCCUGUGGACGGGCCUCAUGUGGGAAGCCUGCCCUGGCCCAGCCUGGCUGUGUCCUGGAGAAGCAGAUUCCAAGGCCAGGUGGCCACAGGGACGAUGCAGAUGCAGAGCCCACGUCACAUGCUCACUCCAGGGGCUGGGGCUGGGCUGACUCUUGCUGGAGCCCGGGCCCGUGGCCAGCAGCACGGGGGACAGGAAUGGCCGAUCCCCUGAGGAGGCCGUGACAGGCCCAGCCUGGUGGUCUGGAGGGAACUCGGAAAUAAAUGGUAGUGGCUUUCCUGUGGGGCGAGGCUGCCGGCCCUCCCUCUGCCA